AUGAAUCCAGCUGUUACAAACAUUGCCAUCAUGCUUAUUGGUAUGCAGGUUGCCAAGAAGUUGGACUUGGAAGACCCAACUAUUUUGUUUUACGUUAGAGCUUUUUACAUUUCAUGCCAAGUCAUCACCUUCCUCGUAUACUUUAUCGUUAGAUUUAAAAUCAAUCAAAAGAAUGAUUUGACAACUAUUAAAUACGUUGAACCAGCUAACCCUAUGAGUGGUGAAACUGAGCCAAGAGCAGUUGUCACCACUGUCAAGGAAUACGAUUUGCAACAAGUCAACAGCCAAGUCAAAGGUAUUUUCACUGGUUUGGCCAUGAUGGGUUUCAUGCAUCUCUACAUGAAAUACACCAACCCAUUGAUUAUGCAAAGUGUUUCUGGUGUCAAGUCAGCUUUGGAAUCAAACAUUGUCAAGAUCCACCUUUAUGGAUCUCCAGCCACUGGUGAUUUGAAAAGACCUUUCAAAACCGCACCUGGUUUCAUGGAGAUGUUGACCGGAGGUGCCGGUGUACAAACAGACAAGGCCUCUGUUGAAAGCGCUGAAGUUAGUGGUGCUGGUGGUAUUAAACAGGAUUAG